GUGGUGGUGGAGACAAUCGCCGUCCUUCUGCGGCUGCAGCGGCCGCAGCCCCUCUCGGAGCUCACGAGAUGUGAGGACGGAUCGCUGUCGCUGAAGGGAACGUCGCCCCGAGCAGGUUCCAGUUUGGCAUCAUCUUGCUUCCAAUAUCAGCAGCAGCUUUGUUCCUUGAUCAAUGUGACAGUUUGGAAAACCUUAGCAGUUGACGAAAUGAUUGAGAGUCGGGGAAAAUAUGAUUUCUAUAUUGGGCUUGUGUUGGCAAUGAGUUCCAGUCUUUUCAUUGGAGGGAGUUUCAUCCUGAAGAAAAAGGGUCUCCUUCGAUUGGCAAGAAAAGGCUCCAUGAGAGCAGGACAAGGUGGCCAUGCAUAUCUUAAAGAGUGGCUAUGGUGGGCUGGACUCUUGUCAAUGGGAGCUGGCGAAGUUGCUAACUUUGCUGCAUAUGCAUUUGCACCAGCUACAUUAGUGACCCCAUUGGGAGCUCUCAGUGUUCUUGUAAGUGCCAUUCUUUCAUCAUACUUCUUAAAUGAAAAGCUUAAUUUACAUGGAAAAAUUGGGUGUUUGUUAAGCAUACUUGGUUCCACUGUGAUGGUCAUUCAUGCACCUCAGGAAGAGGAAGUUGAAACAUUGAGUGAAAUCUCCCACAAGUUAGGUGAUCCAGGUUUUGUGGUCUUUGCAACACUCAUUGUCAUUGUAUCCUUGAUCAUGAUCUUUGUAGUAGGACCCCGACAUGGGCAGACCAACAUUCUUGUGUACAUAACAAUUUGCUCAGUCAUUGGAGCUUUAUCCGUAUCCUGUGUAAAAGGUUUGGGCAUUGCUAUAAAGGAACUUUUUGCAGGAAAAGCUGUGCUGAAACAUCCAUUGGCCUGGAUUCUGCUGCUAAGUCUUAUUGCUUGUGUAAGCACACAGAUUAAUUAUUUAAAUCGGGCCCUGGACAUAUUCAACACUUCUAUAGUGACACCAAUCUAUUAUGUGUUUUUCACAACAUCUGUUUUAACCUGUUCUGCGAUCCUCUUCAAGGAAUGGCAACACAUGGCAGCUGAUGACAUUAUUGGCACAUUUUGUGGCUUUAUCACUAUAAUCGUGGGGAUAUUUUUAUUGCAUGCCUUUAAGGAUGUCAGUUUUUCCCUAUCAAAUUUGCCUGUGACAUUGCAUAAAGAUAACAAAGGAAUAAAUGGCUGUGUGCCAAGCACAUAUGAACUAUUUAAUCACGAUGAAGGAAGUGCUACUCGCAUAAGUGACCUACACUCCCCUGAUGGAAUAUCUUCUAGGAGAAAUGGAAAUCUAUCAGCUUCCUAAAGAAAACAAUUCUGUAACUUUUGUUUCAUUGUGAAAAGCCAGUUUUACAACAUUUUUCAAGCAGAUAUGUUUAAAUAGCACUGUAGACAAUCAUUUUUUUAGAUUUGACUAGCUUGGACCAAGAGCAGUGGUGGAUUUUUAUUUGCCUUACUCUUAAUUUAAAAAUACUAAAGAACCUCACUCUGUUAUUUGCUUGACUUAGUAUGAACAUGUAAAUAUUCUGUUUUUGUUUAAGACUAAUUACAGUUUUAACAAAUAAAAUGCUUUAUUUCUGAUGAGAAAGUGAUCUGUUGGUCAUGCACACCUACAAAUCUUUUGUGAUAAUUUGGUGAAUUAUGCAGUGACUUGUUCUUAUUAUGAGACAGUGCUAUUCAUCCAUAAACAAUCUAUGUUUGGACAAUUUAUGGUCAGCUGCACUCAAUUAUACUAGAUUCUAGGAGAUUUGCAGUUGCAGCCAAUGUAUUUAUAUUUCAUCAAUGAACCAGACAUUCCUGAGGAACAAGACAAGUGAUAUCAGCUCACAAAGGUCAUUACAUAGAAAAAUGCUAUUUUAAGAAAGUACCUAGGUGUAAACCAUGUUUGUAUAUAUUAGCACAUACCUGAAACACACACAAAUACUUAGUGGUUUCAAGUAUUUAAAAUGCUUCAUGUUGAGAUUACUAUUGGAUAAUGCAUAACAAUUGGCAAAUUUAUUCAUUCCGUUAUUGAAAGUAGGAGGAAAGAAUAAAAUAAACUGUUGCCUUAUUUUCCCUUUCCAGUCUUUCUACUGUAACAACUAUUACCUAUAUGGUUUGACUCUGUUCUUCUGGAACACCAAAUGCAAUAAAAAAUUCAUGUACCUUUCUACUCCCUCUAAAGCAGAGACAAAUCAGCAGGUAGAAGCCAGGCUUAGAGGUGUUUGCAAAAUGGAGGAAUGCCUGUAGAUUAUGUGUCAGCCUCCAUGUGGAAGAGA